AGCCUCCGCUCCCGGCUGCGGACGCGCGGCGCGUCUGCGCAUUGAUUCCACACGUGGACUUGGGCGGUCAGUGCGUCCCGCUGAGCAACGGCACGAAGUCCCUUCAGCGACAAGACCCCGCCACCAGCUUGGUGGCAUCCACCCUCUCUAUAUUGCCCUCCUUUCUCUGUCUUCUCCACCCCAGUGCACAUCGCCAUGGGCAAGAGCCGGACGAAGCGCUUCAAACGACCUCAGUUCUCUCCUACGGGAGACUGUCAGGCCGAGGCGGUGGCAGCGGCGAACGGCACUGAGGGACAAGAGGACGACGGGCCAGCGGCGGAGCUACUGGAAAAGCUCCAGCACCCGAGAGCCGAGGUCCGCGAGUGCGCCUGCGCGGGGCUGGCCCGGCUGAUGCAGCAGCGACCCGUGCUGCCGGGCCUGGCGCGUCGGGACGCAGUGCGCCGCCUCGGGCCGCUGCUGCUGGACCCCAGCCUGGCAGUGAGGGAGACGGCGGCCGGCGCGCUGAGAAAUCUCAGUGCUUGCGGAGGUUUUGAAGUUUGUGAUGACAUGGUGACCAAGGAUAUCAUGACUCCUUUGGUUGCAUUGCUGAAAGAGUGUAGUGCUGGACUGGAUUCAAAUGAGAUGUCUCCACAAGAACAAAAAGAUCAGAACAGAAAUUAUAUUGAGAACAUAGCCAAUGAGGCUGUGAAUGUGCUGUGGAAUAUAUGUGAAUGCAGUAGUAGAGCAGUGUCUAUAUUCAACAAAGAAGGGUGUUUGGAGAUUGUAUUAAAGUAUUUAAGUAGGUUUUCCACCAAUGUUGACCUGGCUAUUUCAGUAGCCUAUUGUUUGCAGACAGUGACAGAAGAUAACCCAGACCUACUGAAAUCUUUCAGUGCCCCAGCACUGCAUGUGCUGGAAUCAGCAAUGCUAUCUCCUGCCAAUACCAUGGAAUACAUGCUAUUAAAGACAUUGGUGGCAGGCACAAUUUGGAAUCUAAAGGACAUUAUUCCAUCCAAGAGUCAAGCAGAAAUCAUAAAUGCCAUACUAAAGAUCUUAUCUGAAGUCUUGGAAAUGGAUGCUGGUGAAACAGUUAUUAAAAUGAAGGAGGCUGAAACUCAAAGGUUAAAAACUGCUGCAGAGACUGAGGAAAUAUUGGACAAUGUGAAUAGGGAUGAUUUGAUUGAAGAUGAUGAAAUGGAAGAAAUUCCUCAGAGAAGAAAAGUCAGAAGGAAAACUUUCAUGUCAGAUUUACUUCCACCCACUGACAAGGAACUGAGAGAGACUGUAGCAUUCCUGACGGCUCAGCAGACUGCUCUGGAAAUUAUCGUCAACAUGUGCUACAGUGAAGAUCCCACUGAUGAUGAGUGGGAAGAGCUAUCUAGCAGUGAUGAAAGUGAUGCAUUUAUGGAGAAUUCCUUCAAUGAAUGCAGUGGGCAGCUGCUAUCUCCCCUCUGCCUUUCCCAUGAGAUUCACACUGCUCUCACCAACUACCUCAUCCCAAAGAAGAUUUUUGAGAAAACUGCCUUUCCAAACAUCACUGCAGUUGACAUAUGUUCUAGGACCCCCACUUGGAAGCCUUUGAUUAGAAAAAUGAACACUAUACAAUGUAGAGCUCUCGUGUGUCUCCAGAGUCUUGUAUCUCUCCUGGAUAUGGACCAUCUGGGAGGAUCUACAGCCCUUCAGACACUUGCACAGCAUCUCUCACAGCUGCUCUUUUCUCAGCCAGAUUUUGCUAAGCAUGUUGACUUUCUGGAAGCCAUAAGUAGUGCCUUGAGGGCCCUUUUGCAGACAAUGGCCUCCAAAAACAUAUCUCAGUGCAUGACUCCUGAUCAGCUGAUGACCCUGUGUAAAGCAGGCAUUCAUAGUAGUAAUAUCAAUGUUAGAGUAAAUGUUGUUAGUAUUUUAGGAAUUACUGGAAGUGUCCUAAGCAAAGAAGAAGGUACAUUUGAAACUCUUAAGAUGGUAAAGAAGCUGAAAGGGCCUCAGUUCAAAUUAAAUUGUUAUCUGCUCUAAAAGAAUUUCAGCCAGUCUUUAAAACGAAGAUACGAAAGGAAGGGAGAAGUAAAUACACAUCAGAUCAGCUGUGUGUUCUCGAUAAUGUGAAGAUGAAUUUGAGAAGGUUUGUCGCUUACCAAGAAACCAUUGAGAAAAAAUUGACUACUUGAACCAUUGAAGAGAUGGAUUCCUGCCCCAGUGUUCAAUGCUGAAGCGUACUGAAGGGCCUACUUGGAAUAUAUGUGUCUCUGAAAGUUAUUUUUUAAUGCCUGUAUUCUGUACAUUAAUUUGAAGUUCAUAAAAACUUGAAAACCUGUCAGAAAUACCUUUUUAAGAAGUUAAAGAACCUGGGAUCUGUGUGAUAUUUCUGGUGCUUUCUAAAUUAUGUUUGCAGCAUGUUAAUAUCUAGAAACAAGAAGAGUGGAAACACAAAGGAAUCUCAGGUGAAUUCUUCGUGAACAAUGCAGAAAUUUCCAAACAAUCAUGUUUUCCUUGAAUUUUGCAAAAAUGGAAAUCCAAAACAUUGCUUGGAUUCUCUUUUAAUAAGCCAGUAUCAUUUUAUAUCAGCUGCAUCUUUAAGUCAACUAUGAAGACAAACUUUAUACAAUUGUUUGGUUUCAAGUAUACCCAUUAUGUUUAACUUUUGUGAAGAAGUAAAUGAGUUGAACUUGUAUUCCUCUAUUUAGUAGAAUAUAGUAAUGAGAUAAUGAGGUCACUGUCAUCCUCUAUAUAAAUGAAUUUGAUCAGUUGCUGCUUUGUAACAUCACUCCUUGUUUAAUUUGAUAUGGAAUCAGAACUGGGAGAAAGUGUUUUUUAAUAAAUAACUUUUUAAUUGAAA